AUUCAUACUUGAGUUAAAUGCACAAAACGUCUUGCAUAACCAACAGUAUACAUCCACGAGCACCAAAACACAAAUCUUGUCAUGCACUCACUGCAGUUUUUCUCAGACAUCUAAUAUAAAACUUUUUAUAUUAAACAAUAAAAAGGUAUAUAAAGUUGAGCUUGCAUACUUGCAAUCUAGAAAAAACGACGAAGCGUGCUUUCAAACUAUCGAAAUUUCGUCGAGGCGCGUGAUAAAAAAAUAAUCACGUGCAAGGCUGCCAUCCGCUGGCUAAGAGGAGAAGAACCUCACAAAUCACGAACCCCAGACUUUUAGGGGAACCUUUACUAUUAAACACGUGUAAGAUUGUUGAUUCGGUUUUAAAAAGUUACAUUAAAUAGAAAACGAGUACAAACAUGUAUAUUUGUAACUUUAACAGCUAGUAGUUUGCUUGUCUUUAUGUUGGUUCAGCAUCAUAUUAUUCACAGUUGUUUUGGGCCUGAAAUUUGAGCGCUUUCCCCGAACCGCCCACUUACCUCAAAUUUGUCCAAUAGUCCUCUCUACUGGAAUCAUGGGGUUCAUCCUUUUGACCUUUCCUUGACUCUAUCGUCAAUUUACAGGUGCGUCGUCUCAUAAGCAGCAGCAAACGCAAUGGAAGGAGCAGAUCUGCUACAGCUUUUCAACCCUCAGGCACUGAAGGCGCUGAAGGAGUGGAUGCAAAAAUCCUCCACCACCCUAACACAGGUCAACGGUCAGAGGAAAUAUGGUGGUCCUCCUCCGGGCUGGCACGGUCCUGCUCCAGGGCCAGGCUGUGAGGUCUUCAUCAGUCAUAUUCCACGUAACGUCUUUGAGGACACCUUAAUCCCGCUCUUCCAGAGAGUCGGCACUCUAUACGAGUUUCGUCUCAUGAUGAACUUCAGUGGGCAGAACCGCGGCUUCGCCUAUGCCAAGUACGGCGACCAGGUCACGGCCAUAACUGCCGUUAAGACCCUCAACCAGCACCGGAUUGCGGAUGGGGUUCGACUGAUGGUGCGCAGGAGCAUGGAAAAGAGGCAGCUGUGGAUUGAGGAUCUGCCACCCGACGUACGCCAGGAAGAACUGCUGAUGAUGCUUCGACAGAUCUCGGAGGGCGUGGAGGAUGUGACGCUGAAGUUUAGCGGGCCUAAAGGGGGAGAGGUCGCGGCUGUAGUCAGCUACUUCACCCAUAUCGCUGCAUCAAUGGCUAACAAAGUAUUGGUUGAAGCAUUCAAGAAGCAGUACGGCAUGUCCGUCACUGUAAAAUGGAUGACGUUCACUGCAAAGUCCAAGCAUGUCGAGAAAACGAAACAAGACAACGGCCCCCCUGCCCCACCCAGUCUAAAACCCCUCUCCAAACCCUUUUCCCACCUGCACCCUCAGCCGUCCCAUCACGUCAUCCCAACCCACACCGCCCCCCAGCCCUUCAUCCGAGCGGUCGGCGCUCCUGCCACCCAGCCGAGGAACGAGCCGAUAAGUCAAAAUCCCGCGAGCCGUGACGCUGCGUCUCAGCUGAAGUGGCUCUGCGAGGUGAACAAACUCGGAACGCCACGAUACGAAGCACGAUACAAUCACAUCGGCCCUGACGGCUUUCUCUAUUUCACGUACAAGGUCAUGAUCCCAGCGCUUUCUUUUCCCCUGUACGGUUCUGUCCAGAUCCUGCCAGGCACCAGCGCUCGGGCCAUGAAGGGGGAAGUUCAUCGAGCCACUGCCGAGCAAGUGAUCCAAACCAUAUACAUGGCUGCACGUUGGCAACCUUUCUAAUGGUCGCUGGCGAUCUUUCUGCUUCCGCUGUGUUAUCAGUUUAACGUUCAGUAUUACGGUUUUGAAGGCAUGUACUGUUAAGAGGUUCUAGUUUCAAGAGA